CGCCAUGUUUUUGGUAUCGCCUAAAACCGUAGCGUUGUGGAUCUCCCUACUCAUCUCUGGUUGGCAUCAGUUCUUGGAAUAUCUCCUUGAACAGGUAGCCAUAAAAUGAGGACGAGAGGGUGAUUUUCAUCUCAGAGGAAUAAUGAUUUGCGAUAAACUGGAUACGUUGGAUAUGUACAGUACUCUUCGGUAUUGCUAUGCUUAAUUCUUGUUCUUGUCAGUGCUUUGUGGUGGAAUUAAUUAAAACUUACGAUAUAUCCAAUGCUAUCAACAUGAAAUUAGCUGCAAGGGCUCUGUGCUCUAUUCUUAAACUCACGUUUAAUAAAUCAUAUGGCAUUCGAUAUCAACAUUUCUAUACUCAGUGUAAGGUUAGGCAUGGAAUGUCUGCAAACAAUUUGCUGCACAAACAAUGGUAUUCCAGUGGUGAUCCAUCAAAAUGUUGGAAUUGUAAAUAUCCAUACAGGUCUGAAUUGUUUUGCUCAAAAUGUAAAACGCUUCAGGAGCUACCAAAGAAACUAAAUUAUUUUGAAAUAAUGGGGCUCAGGCAAUAUUAUGAUGUAGACAAUACAGAACUACAGAAGAAAUAUAGGCAAUUGCAAAACUUAUUGCAUCCAGAUAGAUAUGGUAAUAAGUCAGAGAAAGAAAAGCAGAUAUCAGAAGAUUUAUCGUCUUUGCUCAACAAAGCUUACAGUACUUUGAAGCAUCCUCUUAGCAGAGGCUUAUACUUGCUUCAAUUAAAUAAUUUAAUAAUUCCAGAAGGUACAACAAAUUUAAAUAAUGAAUUCCUUAUAAAAAUCAUGGAGAAAAAUGAAGAAGUUGAAAGUGCUGCUAAAGACAAGGGAAAAGCAAUGAAGCUACUAGAGGAGAAUAAAGAAGUCUUAGAAAAAUUAUCCAAGGAAGCGUCAAAUGCUUUUCGUGAGAAUGAUCUUGAAAAAGCGAAGGUUAUACUGAUACAAAUGAAAUAUUAUGCCAGUAUUUACAAAAGAUUGAAAGACAUUAAAAAUGAAUUGGAUGUAAUAGAAUAAUGGUAAUCGAUAUGAGCAUUAGUUGGAAGUGCUUGUAUAAUAUAGUAAGAAAUUUUGAGGUUUACAUUGUUCAUGUGAAAAUGUAAUUUAUAAAUAAUAUAGCUGUAAAAUAUAAAAAAGAAA